AUGGCGGGUCAUCCGUCAGACACAGCAUCAUGCCCAAACCGCUUCUGGCUGCUGUGGCUUUGGCCGCUGCUUCGAGAAGGUGCACGGCGGCCGCUACGAGAGGAGGAUAUCUAUGAGAUUCCGAGCUGCUUGAGGUCGGAAUGUCUAGAUCAGCAAUGGCACCACAAGCUGAGAAAGACUGACGCCAGCGUUUUGUGGCUGCUUCUCCGAACCUUUGGAUGGAGAGGAUACAUCUUCAUCUUCUUCACUUUUUCCUUCUGGUUGGCCAGCCUCUCUAUGGUCCCUUUCCUCACGGACCGGCUCUUCCAGUGGCUGGCAUCAGGAGAGCGCGUGUUAGACGGCUUGGCCUGGUCCGCGGUGCUGGUGGCCAGCUACCUGGUGAACUGCAACGCCGCGUGCCAGUGGUACCAGCAGACCACUCGCUUGGGCUGCGAGCUUCGGGCUUCUGCGGCGAUGAUGGUCUUUCGGCGAACUUUGCAACUUCAUGUACAAGAUACAAGCAGAGAUGCAGCUCUCAAUCUGAUGCAGGUGGAUACAGAGCGCUUGUACAUUUUCGCGCAGCUGAACCAUCUCAUUUACGUGGCGCUAGUCGUGGUGACUGUCACUCUGGUGUACCUGACCGCCUACGAGGGCUUUACGGUGGCCGUGGUGGCGGUGGGGGUGCUGCUCAGCGCAGUGCUGCUGCAGACGUUGCUCAGCCGCUGGGCUGCGCCCAGACGUCGCCACAUGCAGCAGUGUGCUGACGAGCGGAUCUCCCUCAUGGCCGAAAUCCUGGACGCAGUGCGGGUCUUGAAGAUGUACGGCUGGACGCAUCCGCUGCAAGCCAGAGUGGAGGACGAUACGUCACCGGGAGCUCCGGAGCGCCAAGGGGUAUUUGUGCAUCAGGGCCUUCAGCAGCGCUUUGCUGUACUGCUCACCCUUCCUUUCCAUGCUCGCGGUCCUCGCAACCUUGCACCUGCAAGACAAGGAGAGCUGUCGGCGGAGCGGGUGUUUCUGAUCUUCACCACCAUCGGGCUCUCCAGGGCCCCGCUGGGCGGGGUGGCCAUGGGCUUCAGCGCCGUGGUGGACGAUGGUGUCGCAGCCUUCCGAAGACUCAGCGCCUUCGUGGCGGAGAAAGGCCAAUUCGACAUCUACCAGAGGGACAUUGGAGACGAGAAGCUGCAGGCUCCGGUCUCAAUGGGACUGCAUGGCAGCUUCUCUCAUGGGUACCAGACUGGCAUCACGGCAGACUUUGACCUGAAGCCAGGCGGUUUGGUUGCUUUGUGUGGCCGGGUGGCUUCGGGCAAGUCCUCCUUGCUGCUGGCCAUGCUGGGGGAGAUGCGAAGAAUUGGGGCCGUGUCUGUGCCAGGCGGAGACCAAAGCGGCGUGGCGUAUUUGCCCCAGAGCCCCUGGAUCCGCAGCGGCAGUGUGCGAGAGGCCGUGGUGCAGGACCUGCCCUUCGAGAAGAAGCAGUAUUGGCGUGCGCUGCGGGCUGCGCAGCUGCUGCCGGACCUGGCCAUCUGGGGCAACGACUCCCACCCCGUGGGCGCGCGCGGGGCGACGCUCAGCGGGGGCCAGCGGACCAGGCGGGGUGGGUGCCUGGUGUCAGAUGUGAAGCUGGUGCUCAUUGAUGAUUGCUUGGCGGCCGUGGACGUGCACGUGGCCCGAGCCAUCUGCGAAGAAGCCGUGCUGGGCACCCUGCUGGACGGGCAAAGAACCGUGGUAAUGGUGAUGAACUCCAACUUUGUGGCCAUUCAGGCAGCUCAGAGCAUCAUCAACAUGGUGGAUGGCGAGGCCAAGGUCUACCAAACUCGUGAGGAGUGGUUGGAAGAUUGCAGCGAUGCCACACGUCAGACGUGCAUGCAGACCAUGUCCAGCAUCCAGGCCCGCACGCCCUCGUGCGAGGAGGAGCACUUCGCCCAGGAAGGUGCCAGUGUUCUGGAAACGGCGGAGUCUUCAGUCCUGGGGAGCCUCCACUACAAGACUUUCGUGUACUACUUCGGAUCUGGAAGAUAUUUUCCAGGCCUUGCCUUGCUGGUGCUAGUUCUCAGCUCGAUGCUUCUGGUGGAGUUCCUCCGCAUUUACGCCGACCAUUUCAUGGGCACUUGGGCUGCCCGGGAUGCCACGAACACAGAGGCCGAAUCCUCAGCGGAUUUCCGCACCUACUGCAUUUGGAUUGGCGCGGCGGUCGUGGGAGUUUUUGCCAGAGCCUUGCUGGUUGUCCGCAUCACCAUCAAGCUCCACAGUCGGGUCCUGGUGCGCCUCAUGAAGGCCCCACUGAGCUUCUUCGAUGAAACCCCCCGGGGCCGCAUCUUGGGCCACUUCUCGAAGGAUCUGGAUGCCACCGAUGCCUUGCUGCCCCAAUACCUCCUGGACUUUCUUCAGGACAUCACCACCCUGCUGGGUAUCGUGCUGGUGUGCGUGUGGUCCACUCCUUUGGCAGCCCUGGCGGUGUUUCCAGUGCUCUUUGCGUUUUACAAGAUCCGGACCUUCUUCAGCCGCACAGCGCGGGAGACGAAGCGUUUGGAGGGUCUGACCCGUGCGCCGCUCUACUCCGCCGUUUGCGACGCCGCGGAUGGACUGGCCACGCUGCGGGCGCAUGGCCAAGAAGGAUUUCUCGUGAAACGCUUCCAGGUGAGCCACGUCCUGACGUCGGAUGUCAUGACGUUGGAUGUCUAG